AUGAUGCAUCGCUCAAAGUGUUUUCUUAACACUAUAAAGAAUAGUAAUAUAAUUUCACCCUAUAAAUUAUCACCCAAGAAUGUUUUGCCGAAUGUAUAUAUUAUUCGUGGGACCCAUGAACAAAAGAAAAUCCGGUCUACUAUGAACUAUAUGAUAGCCUUAGGAGUAAUGACAGUAGGUUUAAGUUACGCGGCAGUACCCUUAUAUCGAAUAUUCUGUCAGGCAUAUAGUUAUGGCGGUACAACAAGCCAAAUUGAAGCUGAUGAAUCCAUUAGCAAGAUGAAAGCUAUUAAAGAACGACCAUUAAAAAUUCGUUUUAAUGCUGAUGUAGCUUCUUCUAUGCAGUGGAACUUUAAACCACAACAGGGAGAUAUAACUGUAGUACCAGGAGAAACAGCACUAGCAUUUUAUACAGCUCGCAACCCUACAGACAAAACUGUGAUUGGGAUAAGCACUUACAAUGUAAUCCCUUUUGAAGCAGGGCAGUAUUUUAAUAAAAUUCAGUGCUUUUGCUUUGAGGAGCAAAUGCUUAAUCCUCAUGAACAGGUGGACAUGCCAGUGUUCUUUUACAUAGAUCCAGAAUUCAAUGAAGAUCCUAAAAUGGAAUAUGUUGAUGAAAUAGUGUUAUCUUAUACUUUCUUCGAAGCAAAAGAGGGAUUUAAACUUCCAAUUCCAGCAUAUGCCAGA